UUUAAUUGUCAGACCAAUUUCUCUCUCCUUUUUUUCUUGAAUUUUUAUUCCAUUUCCUUGAAGAGUUUCAUUCAUUCCCAAUUGAAACUUGCAAGGGAACUAAUUAAUGUUUCCCAUGUUCUAAGCCUAAUCCUUAAAAAUUCAUAUUAACAGGAUUAGAAGAAAAUGAUCAAGAAUGUGCUUUUAGUUUUUUUGGUAAUCCAUGCGACGUUGGCGAAUUCAGAAUCUGCUUCAAAGAAAUGGCUGACUCUAAAUGGUCGGAGACCUUGUGUGAUAGCCCGAGGAGGGUUUUCGGGGCUCUUCCCUGAAUCCAGUGACUUUGCAAAUCAGAUGGCGCUUGCGACAAGCUUGAGUGAUGUGGUUGUGCUCUGCCAUUUACAACUAACGAAAGACGGUGUUGGGAUUUGCCAGGGAGAUGUCAGGCUUGACAACACAAAAAAUAUAGCAAUGGUAUUUGAAAAGGGAUCAAGAACCUACAAGGUAAAUGGGCAGGAUCUAACCGGGUGGUUCGCCAUAGAUUUUACAGCUGAUCAACUCCUUGCCAAUGUGUCCUUGGUGCAAAAUAUUUUUUCCCGGCCAAGUGCAUUCGACGCUAUGCUGCCCAUAUCAACUGUUGAUGAUGUCAGAAGUUCCAAUCCCCCUGCAUUCUGGUUGAAUGUUCAGUAUGAUGCAUUCUAUACAGAAAACAAACAAAGCGUGACAAAUUACAUUCAAAAGGCAACGAGACUUCAGGGUGUGAAUUACAUUUCUUCUCCUGAGAUUGGUUUUUUAAAGAAAAUCAAGGGAUUGGUGAACAAGGCUAAGACCAAACUCGUCUUUGUGUUCCUAGACAAAAAAGCAACUGAACCCACAACCAAGCAAACUUAUGGUUCAAUUUUGGGAAAUCUUGCCACAAUCAAGACAUUCGCAUCUGGGAUUGUUGUCCCAAAAGAUUACAUAUGGCCUGUUAAUGCAGCUAACUAUUUAGAAGCUCCCACUAGCCUUGUAAACGAUGCUCAUAAACUUGGUCUUGAAGUAUAUGCUUCUGGGUUUGCAAAUGACUUCACUACAAGUUAUAAUUAUAGUUAUGAUCCAUCAGCUGAGUACCUGCAAUUCAUUGAUAAUUCCCAGUUCUCUGUUGAUGGGUUGAUAACAGAUUUUCCUCCCACAGCAUCAGAGGCUGUUGCAUGUUUUGCUCAGUACACCGAUAUCAAACCUACGAAAGAACAAGCUUUGAUCAUAAGUCACAAUGGAGCAAAAAACCCCUUCUUGGCUGCAGCAAAGAAUGAGCUGCAAAAUAACAGGAAUAUCCCUCAGAUUUCACAGCAACCAUUCAGAGUCAAGGAUGGAGUGGCUUUCUGCUUGGAUUCUGUGGAUGUUACUAGAGAUACAACUGCCGCGGCUUCCUUCAUGUCUCUAUCCACCACUAUCCCUGAAAUUCAGGACUCAGCUGGAAUUUUUUCCUUUGAUCUUUCAUGGAGCGAUAUUCAAACACUGCAAGCUCAAUUGACAAGCCCUUUCGAGAGUAAGGGUGGCUUGCCAAGAAACCCUGCAAACAAGAGCAAGGGCAAGUUUCUUACUCUUGCUGAAUUUCUGGAAUUGGCUAAAGUAAAGGCGGUUACUGGGAUUUUAAUCAACAUUGAGAAUGCCGCUUACCUGGCAUCACAGAAGGGUCUUGAUAUAGUAUCUGCGGUUAACACUGCCUUUGGCAAUGCCACAUUUGGCAAGCAAUCCACACAAAAAGUCCUAAUCCAGUCAGACGACACAUCAGUGUUGUCCAAGUUUAUGAACGUCCCAGCAUACAGUAGAGUACUAUAUCUUAAAGAUGAAAUCAGUGAUGCGCCCAGGACACCAGUGGAGGAGAUCAAAAAAUAUGCUGAUGCAGUAACUCUGCCAAGAUUCUCCAUCGUGCCCACCGUUAAUGGCUUCACUACAGGAACCACCAAAGUCGUAAACGAAAUGCAAGCAGCGAAUAUCUCAGUAUAUGUCUCAGUCUUAAGGAAUGAAUUUAUUACCCUUCCAUUUGAUUACUUUUCGGAUCCUACAAUAGAGAUUGCAACUUACACUUCUGGAAUUGGCGUUGAUGGAAUCAUAACCGAGUAUCCAGCAACUGCAAGCAGAUAUUUGAGAAAUCCAUGUUCUUCCAAUUCCAUGCCCGAUAGCUCAUACAGCAUCAUUCCAGCUGAAGCUGGAAGUCUACUGAAGACAGUUCCUGAAGAAACACAGGCACCAGCAAGUUCCCCAACACCAGCCUUGGAUGUUGCAGAUGUUGUGGACCCACCACUCCCUGCCGUAACCAAACCUGCAUCCCCCCCUCCUGCAUCCCCCCUUCCUGCAACUUCACCUCAUUCAAAAGCCUUACAAAACAUUGCUAAUGUGGGCCUUUCUCUAGUAGCCAUCAUGGCGUUUACCUUGCUAUCUUUGAUGUGUAAUUAGUUAACAUGGCAAGUAUAUGUGGCUGAUUUAUUUUUUUAACCUGUCUACUAGCAACUUAAGCACGUCUCUGGACGAGUUUUUAUUUAUAACUCGUUAAACACGAGCUGAAUGGCCCAUUAGUGUCAGAUUUUUGCCUAUAUAGAAACACUAACUGGGCAAAGUAAAUUAUCAUCUUUCAUGUCUAAGUUUCAAACCUCAUAGAAUGAGAUCGUAGCUCACUAUCACUUCAAUUUUUUCAAAAGAAGACACUUUCUUUACCCAAAUUUUUAGCUUGACAUGCAAUUCAACAGCCCAUUUGAAUAAUCCAGGGCAUUAAAGACACGAAACUUGGUACAGGGUCUCAUCACAGAAAGAGUUCUGGCUGUUUCUAAGAAAAACAAUGAAGAUGCUAAAAAUUGAUUUGAAAUGAGCCCAUUUGAAAUUUUUCUGGAAAAAAAAAACAUGUUUGAAAAGUUUAGACCAAUCUGUAGAGAGUGAUUAUGAAGAAGAGGGAGGGAGGCUCAGAUUCGCCUUUGGUCAGACACGAAAAGGAACACUGACAAUCAAUGGCUGCAACACUGAUCUCCUCAAAGUUACCCUGCCAAAGAUCACAUCUUCCUUUCUAUCUGAUUUUCUAUUUAGAAAAAAAUCAUCACAGCCGAUUGAGAGAAAGAGAGAGAGAGAGAGAGAUUGAAUUGUUUUUUAUUUAUUUAUUUCUAUUUGAGAGAGAGAGAGAGAGAGAGGGAAAGGCUCAAAUCCAUACUAAUCACCAGACAAUAAAAAAGAAACACAAAAACACCAUGGUUGCAAGAGAAGAAUCUCAGGACAAAAGAGUCAUUUU